AUGAAUUACAAUGUUGUCAAUGUUGACUUUUCCAUGAUGAACGAUAAUAGUAUCUCCCCAACAUCUCACACAAAUAAUAAUCACUUCAAUCAACAACACACGUCUAAUGUGCAAUCCUAUUCUCCUCCGGUCACCCCUUCGUAUGCGCAACAAUAUGGUCACCCGUUAUCGUCGCAACCCAUUGAAAAUACUUCCUCUUCAUUUAAUACGACAACUAUUAACCCAUCUCAACCUGAAAUCUUUAGUUUUGAUAUUCCCGGGUUUAAAAUAAUCAUUGUGCCUACCUUCCCUCAACGAAGAUAA